CCCCAGGGGUGGGGAUGCGGAGGCCCGGGAAGGGGGGGAGGGGGUAAAAGAAGGUGGAGGAUCCUGCUUGCUACUCUUGAGUCCGAUACCGAUCCUCUUAGACCCCAGAGACACAGAACAAGGGAAGGGUGUCUCAUCCGCCUUCCUCCCCUUCUCCCUUUUCUCAGCCUUAGCCAUGGCCGAGGCAGGGGCUGGGCUGAGUGAGACCGUCACUGAGACAACGGUUACCGUGACAACCGAGCCUGAGAACCGGAGCCUAACCAUCAAACUUCGGAAACGGAAGCCAGAGAAAAAGGUGGAAUGGACAAGUGACACUGUGGACAACGAACACAUGGGGCGCCGCUCAUCAAAAUGCUGCUGUAUUUAUGAGAAACCUCGGGCCUUUGGUGAGAGCUCUACGGAGAGUGAUGAGGAGGAAGAGGAGGGCUGUGGUCAUACACACUGUGUACGGGGCCACCGCAAAGGACGGAGUCGUGCAACCCCUGGACCUAGCCCUACCACCCCUCCCCAGCCUCCUGACCCAUCUCAGCCUCCUCCAGGGCCAAUGCAGCACUAAAUUCCUCUCUCCCCCACCA